AUGACUUCUUCAGCAGCAGCCCCCGUGCAGAAUGCAGUUUCAGAUCGGGAUACUGCCCAGCUAGUCAAAGAACACUCGCAUGCAUUCCAGAACAGAUUAAACACAACUCAAACAGAUAGCCCACCUAUUCCUGAAACGGCAAAGUCCGAUAUAGACACCGAUCAGCUAAAGGCAGAAGCAGGGCUUGAGGCACCCAAGCCCGCCUCAGAAACUACGCCACCUGUGACAGAGCCCACAGAAUCUGCUCCCGGCAGUGCUCCCAUUGCCCGUCAGUCACAAAUCUCAGUAGGGCCCAAAAAUGAGACAGUGGCGGGUGAGAAACGUGACAUUGAUUCGGCUGUGACGCCCACUCCAGCCCUGGCUGAGGACGAGGAGCAACAAAAGCCUGAACCGUCAGAUGAGCCUGAUACCAAGAAGCUGAAGACAGACGAAAAGCCUGUCUCAGAUUCCAAUGGCACCGCUGCUGCUCCUUCCAACACAGAGAACGGAGCAAAGAAGGAGGUCAGUCGGUCCAAGAAGGAGAAGAUCAAGGAUGUCGUGAACAGGGUUAUCCCAGGAGAUGGUAUUGGUAGCCGGACUCGCAGCCGGACAAAGGGUGCUUGA